AUGGCCAUGGUAAAUUACACAACUACCAGGUAUUUUGUUCUGGAAGGUGUUUCCAGUGACCCACAGCUCCAGCUUUUCCUUUUUGUGAUAUUUCUACUUAUAUACCUACUAACUGUGGUGGGGAAUGGGGCUAUCAUGGUGGUGACAAGAGCUGAUCCUCACCUUCACACACCUAUGUAUUUUUUCCUAUUCCAUUUAUCCUUUCUUGACAUAUGCUAUUCUUCAGUCACUGUCCCAAAGAUGUUGCAGAAUUUAUUGGCGGGGAAAAAAAACAUUUCUCUCCCUGGCUGCAUUGCCCAGAUGACCUUAAUUCUUCUCAUGGCUUGUACAGAAGUUUUCAUGCUAUCAGCAAUGGCCUAUGAUCGAUAUGCUGCCAUCUGUAAACCACUGUAUUAUGUGAGGAUCAUGAAUAAGCAAGUCUGUAUGAGACUAGUGGGUGGUGCAUGGCUGAUCAGCAUCUUGCAUUCAUUGACAAACACUGCUCUUGUAUUACAAUUACAUUUCUGUGGGCACAAAGAACUCAACAACUUCAGUUGUGAACUCCCAUCUCUGCUAGAAGCAUCCUGUGCAGGGACAUUCAUCAGUAAGAUGACGUUUCUCACUUCAGCUAUGAUUGUAAGCUCAACCUCCUUCUCCAUUACCCUGGUCUCUUACAUCUGCAUCAUCUCCAGUAUCCUGAGGAUACGGUCUGGUGAGGGUAGGGGUAAAGCCUUCUCUACUUGCAGCUCCCACCUCACUGUUGUUCUUUUGUGUUAUGGGGCUGCUUUUGCCAGAUAUCUGAGACCCAAUUCGGCCUCUUCAGUGGUUCUUGACAGGCUGUUCUCUGUUGAGUACAGUAUAUUAACUCCUAUGUUAAAUCCUAUCAUCUACAGCCUGAGAAACAAGGAUGUAAAGGCAGCUCUGGGGAAAUUACUGGGGAAAAUGAAAGGCAUAUGA